CUCCGUCCUCCUCGGCCGCCGCCGCCGCCGCCGCCCGAGAGCCGCCAUGCCGCGAGGGAGCAGGAGCCGCACGUCCCGGGUGGCGCCCCCGGCCAGCCGCGCCCCGCCGAUGCGAGCGCCGCCCCGGCCGGGCCCCGCCGCCGCCGCCGCCGCCGCGCAACCCCCGGCCCGCGCCCCGCCAACCGCCGCCUCCGUCCCCGCCCCCGCCCCGCCCCGCCAGCCCGGCCUCAUGGCCCAGAUGGCCACCACGGCGGCCGGCGUGGCCGUGGGCUCCGCCGUGGGCCACACCCUGGGCCACGCCCUCACCGGAGGCUUCGGAGGAGGAGCAGGAGCCGAGCCCGCCAGGCCCGACAUCACUUACCAGGAGCCCCAGGGCACCCAGCCACCGGCCUACCAGGCGGCCCAGCAGCAGCAGGCCCAGUUCAGCCCCUGCCACUAUGAGAUGAAGCAGUUCCUGGAGUGCGCCCAGAACCAGGGGGACCUCAAGCUGUGCGAAGGCUUCAGCGAGGUGCUCAAGCAGUGCCGCUUCGCCAACGGUUUGGCCUAAGCGGGAUCAUCGGGCGAAGGCCAGGAAGCCAACGCUGAAGACCAAUCCCGCUCACGUAAAAACAGAAUCGAUUGUGAAUGACGAUAGAUGCUUGCAGUUUUACCGAUGAAUUUGCCUGACCGUUCGCCUGGCUGCGUCUCAGAGCCCGGCGCCCCGGGGGAGAGUGAGGAGUUCCUCUUCCCUGCUGUUGGGAUCCAUCCCUUGGAAGAGGUUGGGGUUGGGCAGAAAGGGUUAAUGUGAUCUCAUUGUAAUGCCUUGCCCUGCUACAACUGUUGUUGGAAAACACAUUUAAAUUAUAAUCAGUUCCUUAAAUAAAGUGAUUUCUCUGUGGA